AUAUACCCCAUCACUCUGCAGUCUGAUCUCAAUCCACGGCCCACAAAUCCCAACUCCCCCUCAAGUCUUUUCCCAACACCCUUUUCACUCCUCCCUGCCCUCCAUUUUUUCACACAAUUUACUAAAUUGAAUACAAAAUUCCAUGAUCAAGACAGUCAUGGAGAUUGUCUAGAGAGAGAGAGAGAGAGAGAGAGAGAGAAAGAGUUGCUUGUAUCUUCAUCUUUUUCAUGCAUUCAAGUUUAAAGGGUUUUUGGGUUCUGCUUCUGCUUCAGCCAUGGUGGUGAUCUCCAUGGAGGAUUCAAAUGCUGGUCGGGGCCUGAAAGUUUCUCAGAGUUUGAUCAUCCGCCACUCUGUUUUUUUCUCCAUGGUGAUGCAAAAUCACACCUUUUCUUCUUCCCAAUGAGUUUCCUCUGAACGUUUCGGAAUCCGAUGAUCUUGUUCUUCUUGUAGGAAUUUAUUAAAAUUCUUUGAUUCUUUUAUUUGGGUUUGGGAAUUUUUUUUAGCAUAAUCUGUUCUUUGUUGCAUAAACAAAAUAGAUAUAGGAAAAACAACACUUGUACACAAACACCAUUUGAUUGAUUUACUCACUCAUCGGAUUCCUAUUUGUUGAUUUUUUCACACACACACUCACUCACUCACUCACUCACAUAGUCUAUCUCUCUAGAUUUUCUCUUUUAAUCUCACACAGUCAUUCCAACGUUCAUACAUUUUUCGAAAACCCGAAAAGAAGAAGAGAUAGCUUAGGGAGAUCAAGAAAGAAAUUGAAACAAAAAACAUUGGGUGGGUGGAUCUUUAGCUGCACAGAAGUUAACCAAAGAUUUACAAAAACGAUAUUGAAAAAAAAAAAUUAGGAAGAUCAUAGAAUAUGUUGGCUGGUUGCUCUAGUUCCACAUUGUUGUCACCAAGGCAUAGAUUGAGGAGUGAAGCAGCAGCCCAGUUACAAGCUUGCAGUUUCCAGCUACCAUCGAUGAGCACGCAGAGAUUGGACUUACCAUGCAGUUUUCCCCGCAAGGACACUUCAAGGUCGCAACCCAUUAGGCCUGUGGGGCUUUCAGUUGAGAAAUCGAUCGAUUCGAAGGUGGGGAGUUGUUCCCUGAAGCAGAGCAUUCGGCUGCCUCCUCUGGCUACAACCGGUCCUGUGUCGGCAACGGCGGAGUUUGUGGAGGCGGGGAAGGAGAAUCGUGAUCAGUUUUCGGGGGAGAAGAAGAGAGGGAAGAGGUUCGCAGAGCCGGUGGAUGAUGAUGAGUCUUGCAGAAACAGGGCAAAGAGGAAAAGGGGUUGUGGGGAUAAUGGCGGUGGCGAUGAAGGCGGCGGUGGUUUGAGUUUAGGCCAAUUGGGUGGUGGGAAUUUUUGGUUUCAGCCUGGUUUCCAACUCCCUCCGCCGACGACUCAGCUUCCGUUUUCUCUGACAUGUUCAGGGGAUGACGAGAGGGUUUGUUAUGUUCCGGGGGAGGCGAUUUCGCAGCCUCUACCAUUGUCAAACAGUCCUUGGUUGGACUCAAUUGUGACUGAGAUAACUGACUUAGGUAAGAAGGAUGGAGGUGGGGAGGCUAGCCGUGGACUGGUGUGGGAAGAGUCAGCCGCGUCGAGUACUUCAUCAGAGAGCCAGAGCUUGGCAUUGAGUGUAAAUGAGAGUGCCUCGGAACACGAAGCGGGCAACGGGACUAGGAAUCCUUAUGUCCCACAUGGAGGAGCAUGGGUUGUGGCAGAAGAGGAUGAUGAUGAUGAUGAUGAGAGUGAAGCAGAGCAUAUAGGGUUUGAGCUUGUUAGCUUGCUUACAGCUUGUGUGGAGGCAAUUGGGUUGAAGAACAUUGCAGCGAUCAACCAUUUUAUAACUAAGUUGGGGGAGCUUGCUUCGCCGAAAGGAAGUGCUAUAAGACGGCUUUCUGCUUAUUACACUGAGGCAUUAUCUCUGAGAGUCACUAGGCUUUGGCCUCAUGUGUUUCAGAUCAACGCUCCUCGAGAGUUUGAUCGAAGGGACGAGGACUAUGGGAUUGCGGUAAGGCUUCUAAACCAGUUUAGCCCAAUUCCAAAGUUUGUUCAUUUCACUUCAAAUGAGAUACUGCUGAGAGCUUUUGAAGGGAAGGACAGGGUUCACAUCAUAGAUUUCGACAUCAAGCAAGGGCUGCAGUGGCCUAGUUUGUUCCAGAGUUUGGCGUUGAGGACCAAUCCUCCGAGCCAUGUUAGGAUCACAGGGAUAGGGGAGUCGAAGCAAGAGCUCAAUGAGACGAGAGAUAGGCUUGCUGGAUUUGCUGGGGCACUGAAUCUGCCUUUCGAGUUUCACCCGGUUGUGGAUAGGUUGGAGGAUGUGAGGGUUUGGAUGCUUCAUGUCAAGGAGCAUGAGAGUGUGGCUGUGAAUUGUGUUUUCCAACUGCACAAAACACUUUAUGACAUGACAGGAGGAGCGCUGAGGGAUUUCUUAGGACUCAUUCGAAGUACAAACCCAACAAUAGUUCUUAUGGCAGAGCAAGAGGCUGAGCACAAUGAGGCUAGGCUGGAGACAAGAGUUUCCAACUCAUUGAAGUACUAUUCUGCUAUAUUUGACUCGAUUGGUUCUAGCCUUCCCUUGGGGAGCCAGGCCAGGAUCAAAGUAGAGGAGAUGUUUGCGCGAGAGAUUAGGAACAUCGUUGCUUGUGAAGGAAGUGAUAGGUUGGAGAGGCACGAGAGCUUUGAGAAGUGGAGAAAGUGGAUGGAGCAAGGAGGGUUUCGAUGCGCAGGGAUAACGGAGAGGGAAAUGCUUCAGAGCCAGUUUCUGUUAAAGAUGUAUGCCAAUGAGAGUUACGCCGUGAAGAAGCAAGAGCAAGACGGAGCAGCAGGGGCACUUACUCUAAGUUGGAUGGAUCGACCUCUUUACACAGUCUCAGCAUGGACAACAGUUGAUGUAGCAGGCAGCUCGUCAUCAUUUUCGAAACCAAGUUAAAUAUAGCCGCAUAUUUUAGUUUCUUCUUAGUACACAAUAGUCACUUUUGAUUCCAUUGUUGCAUAGAGAAAAAGGGAUACAUAAUUCUUUGUAGGUAGGGGAAAUCUGUCAUUAGCAUUCAAUUCAUUCGUUCUUUUGUUGCAGAUAAAUUCUCGGUCGGAUAGUGUCAGAAUCAUUUGUUUUGUAAGAAUUACAGUAGUCGUAGGUUGAUAUUCGAUUUCAAUUCUUCGCAGUUCAUGUUGUUGUUAGUAUUUAGAGUCAAUUCAAUUUCUGUUUAUUCUUUGAUUUUUUAUGUAAUGUUGAAAUUCUUUAUUAAAUCAGUCAAGUAAAGUGAAGUCAUAUUAUCUGUUUGGUU